AUGGAGAAAACAAGUCAGAUUAACAGAUAUGCACCUUUUUGGAGGUAUCUCCAUAUAGUUAUUGCAUUGGAAAAGUGCCACCAGUAUGAUUAUGCUAGGCCCAGUUCCUAUUUGGAAGACAAUUCCACAGUAUUCAGGAUUAUUCUGGACGAAAAUUUUAGAAACCAAUCGGCUAAAAAACUAUCAGGAUCUGUCCGUGUUAAAACUGAUGUUUAUGAUGAUAGUCCUUUAGUUGAAGACGAUCCUAAAUAUUGGGAAGACAAGUUUAAACCUUUUCAUGAAUAUUUAGAAAAUACAUUCCCAAUUGUUUGGAAACACUUUAAGAUCGAGACAGCUAAUACAUGGGGAUUAAUUAUAACUUGGGAGGGUUCUUCCUCUUUAAAGCCAAUUCUUUUAACUGCCCAUCAGGAUGUCGUUCCUACUCAAGAUAAUACAAUCAAAGAUUGGACUUAUCCUCCGUAUGAAGGCGUGUUUGAUGGUGAAAAAGUAUGGGGUCGAGGUGCGGCUGAUUGUAAGAACCUUUUAAUUGGAUUAUUGGAAGCCGCAGAAGAGUUAUAUAAAUCAGGAUUCAGACCCAGAAGAUCGGUUAUCUUUGGUUUUGGUUUUGAUGAAGAAAUAGGAGGUCCAAGAGGUGCGGGAUCUAUUGCUGAAAUAUUAAUUGAAAGAUAUGGUAAAGAUUCCUUUUAUGCGGUUGUUGAUGAAGGUGGUCAAAGUUUAGCUUAUGAAAAUGAUGUUCUUUUGGCUUUGCCGGGAACAGGAGAGAAAGGAUCAACAGACGUUAUCAUAGGAUUGAAUACUCCUGGUGGACAUUCCUCCGUUCCUCCUGAUCAUACCUCCAUUGGAAUAAUUUCUCAAUUGAUUGAAGAAAUUGAAAAUAACCCAUUUAAUGCCUUUUUCACCCCGGUUAACCCAACCUUCCACGAAUAUCAAUGUAUUGCUGUUUAUUCACCAAGUUUAGAUCCAAAGAUAAGGGUUGAUAUUUUGAGAUCAGAGUAUGAUGAAAACUCGAAGAAGCAAGCUAUAAAAUAUCUUCAUGAUAAAUCAUUAUUGAGUAGAUAUCUCAUAACAACUACUCAAGCAAUCGAUAUUAUUCAUGGGGGAGCCAAGUCAAAUGCCUUGCCAGAAUAUGUCGAGAUUGACAUUAAUCAUAGAGUAGCUAUCGAAAGCAAUACGGAUUAUGUUGUCUCAAAAGACUUAAACCAUGUGAAAUAUAUUGCUGAAAAGUUUGAUCUUGGCAUUGUAUUCAAUGGAGAAGAAAUUAGAGCAAAGACUCCAAAAGGAUAUUUCACAGUUGAAAAAGUAUCUGAAUUAGAACCGGCACCUAUUACACCAACUACUGGUAAAACUUGGGAACUUUUCUCGGGUACAAUCCGUCAUGUAUAUGAAGAAAUUGCAUUCGCUGAUCCUAAAUCGGAGUAUCAUGGGAAAACCGUAGUUGUAGCUCCAGGGAUUGCUACUGGUAAUACUGAUACUAGAUACUACUGGGAUUUAACUAAGCACAUCUUCAGAUAUAGACCUGGUGCUUCCACUACAGUUGAAGCUCAUGCUCAUGGAGUUAAUGAAGUAAUUCCGAUAUCAUCACAUUUACAAUUAAUUGCCUUUUAUUAUGAGUACUUACAACUCAUUGACAGUGUAGAAGAUUGAUUUAGUUAUUAUAAUAAAAGUAUGUUUCUGC